AAAGUCAAAGCGUUAAAUGGGUGGGGGUUGGGAUAUGAUAAACGUCGCCGGUACCUUACCCUUUUUCGCCGGAUUUCAAAUGGAGUAGCGGUCUGUCUUGGCUGAGGGUUGAAGUCGGAGCACCUAUCUUUUUGGCUGGGACGAAAAGUAUCUACAUCCACCCUCACAGACACCACCUACUUUUUACUCUGUUAGAGUUGAAAUAAAACGAAGGAAGAGGAAAGGUUUUUUUUUUUUUUUUUCAUUUUCUUUUUCCAGUUUUGAUUUGUUUUUCAGACAAUCGACUUUUCUUCUGUUUCAACGAUUUUUGGGGAUUUUUCAUUAUGACAUUAAAUGACAGGGAUAUUCGAUUUUGUAUUUGGUUUAUUUGUUUGUCACUUUUCUGGGCAAACAAGCAAAUAUGAAAUCCCAGUUGAUGAUAUGCACUUUGUGAUUGUUGUGAUUGAUAUUUUUCUUGCAUGACUGUGGAACGCUAGGCUGGUUCAUGUUUUCCACUUUUUUUCUGGCAAUUACGUGAGAUAACAUAUCUUGGAAGAGUAUGCUUGAUAGAUUUAGCUGUUAUUUUCUUUUUAAACUAUAGCAAUUCUAUUUUACUUUAAUUGUCCAUUGCUGAGAAGAAUUUAACAACCGCAAAACUAAGUUUAUUUACAACUAAUAAGUAGUAGUGGUAUACCAUGUUAAUUUAGGUUGAGGUUUGUUACAGCUUUAUGUUCGAGUUGAACUUCCUUAGUUAGCACUGUAUCAGAGUUUAGAGUUUUGUUGUUUUUAAUCUCUUUGUUGUUCCUUUAACCCGUUUUUUACAUGAUAGGCAGUAAAUUUAUUGGGUUUAGGUUCCUCUAUUGCCUCUCGGUAUAGGCUAAUUUUAGGUUAAAUGCCUUAAUGGUACAAGCACCUUUUUUCUCAUGCUUGGUUCAUUGACCAAACAAGCCUUAAAAAUCAGGUAGCUUGCCUGUUUAUAAAGACUGAUAAACCAGUGUGAAUGGCCUUUAGUAGAGAGAUUUUCUAGCAGCUCUUUCCACUUGCAGCCCUAAUGCUUUUUACUUAGUUUUGGGGUUUGUAAUGGCUUAUCUUUUGUGCUCAUGUUCCUGUAACAAUUGAAGUUCUCUUUUGGUUUCUGCAGUAAAAUGUGCUUUCUUUCCUUAUUUCUCUGUACAAGGGAUUAGUGAUCCAACAGGAAUCCAUCCAAUGAAACUGCACUGCCAGAAACAGGGCCAAGCAACACCAAUUGUAUCCUGAAUGAAACAAAGGUUUGGAAGGUUCUAGGUGACCCUCAAAGGCAUGAAGUUCAACUGCUGAAUGAGUACAAUUGACCUCAAGCCAGUAGGCAAUCUUAUUGAUGUCCCUUAAAAUGUGACUCUAUCAGCAAGACCAGUCCUUCACUAUUAGCUAUUGCAGUGCAAGUACCAGCCUCCUUUUAGGAUCAUAAGAGGCAGGUAGUUUUUGCA